UCAUAUAAUUGUUUUUAUUUAGCAUAUUUUCUAUUUAUUCAGCAUAAUGAAACAAGCUGAAAUCUCAUUUUCUCUCCUCUUAGGUGAGCCAUGGAGAGAAGCAACCAUACAGUGACUGAGUUCAUCUUGGUGGGCUUCACAACAGACCCAGUGAUGCAGCUGGUCCUGUUCGUGGUAUUCCUUAGUGUGUACUCUUUGACCCUGGUAGCAAAUGCCACCCUCAUGGUGUUGAUCUGUAAUGACUCCCGGCUGCACACAGCAAUGUAUUUCUUCAUUGGGAAUUUGUCUUUUCUGGAUCUUUGGUAUUCCUCUGUCUACACCCCAAAGAUUCUGGUGACCUGUAUCUCCGAAGACAAAAGCAUCUCCUUUGCUGGCUGUGUAUGUCAGUUCUUCUUCUCUGCUGGGCUGGCAUAUAGUGAGUGUUACCUGUUGGCCGCCAUGGCUUAUGACCGCUAUAUGGCCAUCUCAAAACCACUGCUUUACUCUCAGGCUAUGUCUAUAAAGCUAUGUGCAUUUUUGGUAGCAUCCUCAUACCUUGGUGGCUUUAUUAACUCUUCCAUCAUCACCAAAACAACUUUUGCCUUGAAUUUCUGUAGUGGCCAUGUCAUUGAUGACUUUUUCUGUGAUUUGCCUCCCCUGGUGAAGUUGGCUUGCGGCAGGAAAGAUGGCUAUCAGACUAUACUAUACUUCAUCCUGGCCUCCAAUGUCAUCACCCCCACAGUGCUCAUCCUCUCUUCCUACCUGUUCAUCAUUGCCACCAUCAUGAGGAUCCGCUCCACCCAAGGUCGCCUCAAGGCCUUCUCCACAUGUUCCUCCCACCUGGUCUCUGUCACCUUGUACUAUGGCUCCAUUCUCUACAUCUACUCUCGUCCAAGAUCUAGCUAUUCUUUGGACAGGGACAAAAUAGUUUCUACAUUUUACACUGUGGUGUUCCCUAUGUUGAAUCCCAUGAUCUAUAGUCUGAGGAAUAAGGAUGUGAAAGAGGCCCUGAAUAAACUCAUUAAAUAA